AUGCUUACAGCUGACGUCGAUAAGCGCGCGACAAUCGAACAUGUUAUGGAGUGCAUCACUGAGGUUAUUUGCGGCCGUCCACUUCCUCCGUUGCGUGGUGUGUCGAAGAAGAAAGAGAAGACCAAAGCUGAAAAACCUUCAGCUGAAGUGACCAAGAAGACCGAAGCGAGGAAGGAAACUGUUGCAACCAAGACCUCGGACGCUACGGAUCUGUUGAACAUGGACUUUAACCCCUCCAUUUCAGACAGUAAACCACUUUCUGCAAAGGCCGCACCGAGUGCAUUUGACACGACCUGGACGGCACCCACAGAGGGCUUCGCAGACUUCGCGAGCUUUUCGUCGCCAACUUCAUUCGGUCAGAGUGCAGGUAACGACGGGUUUGCUUCGGGUCCUGCAAAGGUUGACCCCUUCGCUUUUCCUGCCAUGCAACAAGCUCCUGCAGCCACUCCGACGAGUGUUAGACCCCUUUGCAGAAAUUGA